UGUACGUCAUGAUGUCAUCACCCGCCUGGAUGUCGCUUACGCAGAAGUGUAGGAUGUAGCAGGACGUGGCUAGCAAGUUGCUAGUGACGUUACGAUAGCUGAAAAUACUUAGGAAUCGUCAUACAGACCUAUUUUACUUCAUGCCUAAGCAGUCUGUCUUUUUUGUCAGGCAGAUCAAUACUUACGGAGCUUAAUGGAAACAUUUGAGGCUGUUUGUGUGUGAGGAGGUUGUGGGUAGUGUACCAUGGGGUACGACGUAACAAGGUUCCAGGGUGAGGUGGAUGAAGACCUACUGUGUCCAAUAUGUAGUGGAGUGCUAGAAGAACCGGUGCAGGCUCCACACUGUGAACAUGCCUUCUGUAAUGCCUGUAUAACACAGUGGUUCGCCCAGCAACAGAUCUGUCCUGUUGACCGCACUGUAGUGACACUAGCCCACCUCCGGCCUGUCCCCCGCAUCAUGCGCAACAUGCUGUCCAAACUUCAAAUCAGCUGCGAUAAUGCAAGCUUUGGCUGCACAGCUACGCUGAGGUUGGACCAGCUUCAGUCACACCUCAAAGACUGUGAGCACAACCCCAAAAGGCCUGUCAACUGUGAGGAGGGAUGUGGGCUCGAAAUGCCCAAAGAUGAGCUUCCCAAUCAUAAGUGCAUCAAACACCUGCGAAGUGUCGUCCAGCAGCAACAAACUAAGAUUUCAGAGCUGGAGAAAACCGUUGCAGAGCAUAAGCAUCAAUUGGGGGAACAAAAACGAGACAUUCAGCUGCUAAAAGCCUACAUGAGAGCAAUCCGAAGUGCAAAUCCCAACCUCCAAAACCUUGAGGAGAGCAUCGAGUACAAUGAAAUCCUGGAGUGGGUGAACUCCAUGCAGCCAGCCAGAGUGACUCGCUGGGGUGGUAUGAUCUCCACCCCUGAUGCUGUGCUCCAGGCAGUCAUCAAACGCUCCCUCAUCGACAGUGGCUGCCCCCUGUCAAUUGUGAACGACCUGAUCGAGAACGCCCACGAGCGUAACUGGCCACAGGGACUGGCCACUCUGGAGACACGACAGCUGAACAGGCGCUACUAUGAGAACUACGUUGCCAAGCGUAUUCCUGGCAAGCAGGCAGUGGUGGUGAUGGCCUGUGAAAAUCAGCAUAUGGGGGAGGAUAUGAUCCUGGAGCCCGGUCUUGUUAUGAUCUUUGCGCACGGCGUGGAAGAAAUCUUAUAACUGUACAGUUAGCUGUGCUGAUCCAGAGACAAAUGGGGAUGUUUUGCUCUUUUCACUCUGUGAAGUGAAAGAGGGUUUUUUUUCUCUCUCUCUUUUAAAGCAAAACAUGAAAAAAAUCUGGCUUAU